CAAAGAGUAAAAGGCCACACACACACACUCACUCACUCACUCACAUGGAGCAAAAGGGGAAUCUUGAAAUGAAAGACAGUGUCUCUUCUUUGUCCGUGUCUGUUUCUGCCCAUCUGGGCACACACACCACAUACACUCUAUUAUAUGUAUCUAUAUGUGUAUAUGUACACAUGUAGAUAGAGACUAGAGGCAACCUCUAUGAACAAUGUUAGAAAAAAAAAAUCUAGUAAAGUAGCAGUUAGUUGAACCACAAUUUGUUAGCAUUAUUCUGCCUCCAAUCUUUGUACUAUUUUUCACACUUUUUUGCUUCUUUUUUAAUUCAGCCCACAAAAGCUUCUUGCUUUUGGAUUGGACUGUGGGAGUUGAAGAAGAUUCUUGGUUUCAAGAAAGCUGUAUUAGAUUAGAGCUUCCACAUUGUAUUAAUAUCAUCAUCUUCUUGGGAAAGGAAAGCAGUUGUGGGGACUCUCUUGAUAGGAUAUUGAGAUGAGAAGAAGAACAGGGGUAGAGAGAAUCGUUCUUUGCUUUUUUGUGUAUCUUCUUGUGAUAUCAGCUGAUGGUGCUGAUAUAAAGAAAUUGAAUCUAUGGCCAAUGCCAAAGUCAGUUAGCUACGGUCAUGGAACUCUCUAUCUUAGUAAUGAUUUUAAGCUGAACACCAAAGGGAGCAAGUUUUUUGAUGCUUCUGGAAUUCUGAAGGAUGCAUUCUUGAGGUCAAUCGAUGUUGUCAGAGCAACUCAUGUGAUUGAGGCCAAUACUUCCAAGAUUGAUGCUUCCUUGGUGCUGAAAGGAAUUCAUAUUGUUGUCUUUUCGCCAUCUGAUGAGUUGCAACAUGGUAUUGACGAGUCGUACCACCUACAUAUCCCUGCCCAGGGAAAUCCGCUUUACGCACAUCUUGAGGCACAAACUGUUUAUGGAGCUUUUCAUGGGCUGCAGACGUUCAGCCAAGUCUGCCAUUUUGACAUGAAGUCAAGAGGGAUUAUGGUCCAUCAGGUUCCGUGGACCAUUGUUGAUCAGCCAAGGUUCUCAUAUCGUGGGCUUUUGAUUGAUACCUCCAGGCAUUAUCAGCCUUUGCCAGUUAUAAAGAAGGUCAUUGAUUCUAUGACUUAUGCCAAGCUGAAUGUGCUGCAUUGGCAUAUUGUGGAUACGCAAUCUUUCCCUCUUGAAAUACCGUCGUAUCCGAAGCUGUGGAAUGGUGCAUAUUCCAUGUCAGAACGGUAUACAAUUGCUGACGCUGUGGAGAUUGUAAGCUAUGCUAAGAAACGAGGAAUCAAUGUAUUGGCUGAAAUUGAUGUUCCUGGACAUGCUCAAUCCUGGGGGGUAGGGUAUCCUUCUUUGUGGCCUUCAGCAGAUUGUAAGGAGCCACUUGACGUCAGCAACGAGUUCACGUUCAAAUUAAUAGACGGGAUUCUUUCAGAUUUCAGCAAGAUCUUCAAGUAUAAAUUUAUUCAUCUGGGAGGCGACGAAGUGAAUACUAGUUGCUGGCAGUCGACUCCUCAUGUGCGGACAUGGUUAAGGAGACAUGGCAUGGAUGGUUCCAAGGCUUAUCAGUAUUUUGUGUUGCGAGCACAGAAGAUAGCAUUAUCUCAUGGAUAUGAAAUCAUAAACUGGGAAGAGACUUUCAACAACUUUGGCAGUAAGUUGAGCCGAAAAACUGUGGUUCAUAAUUGGCUUGGUAGUGGUGUUGCUCAACAAGUGGUCAAGGCCGGGCUACGUUGCAUCGUGAGCAACCAAGACAAGUGGUACUUGGAUCAUUUGGAUGCCCUGUGGCAAGAUUUCUACACAAACGAGCCGCUAACAAAUAUCACUGACCCCAGGCAACAAGCCUUGGUCCUUGGUGGAGAGGUCUGCGCGUGGGGCGAACACAUCGAUGCGUCUGAUAUCGAGCAGACGAUAUGGCCACGGGCCGCAGCAGCUGCAGAGAGGCUAUGGACGAGUUAUGAGAAGCUUGCCAAGGAUCCAGAGCAAGUCCGGGGCCGAUUAUCGUAUUUUAGGUGUCUAUUGAAUCAAAGGGGCGUUGCUGCAGCUCCAUUGGACGGACUUGGCCGAGCAGCGCCGGAGGAGCCGGGCUCUUGUUACUUGCAAUAGUGACAUACAUGGUUUGCGAACGAAGUAUUUGAACAAGACAUUUUACCCUCCAAUUGUAAAUGCAACUGUUGGUGGUGAUAAAUCAUAAUAGUUUCAAAUCACUACAUUCACUGUCAGUUUUUUCAACGGUAAUAAUAAUAACAAGUUAUU